CUGCCGCUGACCCCAGACGCGACCCUGCAGGAUCGCAAACAUGACGGAGCCCUCCCUCGAGAAUUCGAGCCCAGGAGGUUCAGCAGGUACCGAUGACCGUGAUUUCGACCCAUCGGCAGAAAUGCUUGUCCAUGACUUUGAUGAUGAGCGCACCCUGGAGGAAGAGGAAAUGAUGGAAGCAGCAGAUGAGACCAACGUCAAUGAGAUUGAAGAUCUUGCACGGGAGGGAGAGAUGCCCAUUCAUGAGCUGCUGAGUCUGUACGGUUAUGGCGGUGGAUCAACAGCAGAUGAGGAUGAAGAGGAGGAAGAGGAGCCAGAGGAAGAAGAGGAUGACGAUGAGGAAGAGGAUGAAGAAGAGGAUCUUGACAAUGAUGAAAGUAGCAGGAGCACUGGCGAGUUGAAGAGGAAUGAGGGUAAGAGUGUUAAGGACUCAUCAGGACCUGGGAGUGAGACACAGGCAGCCCCUGAAUCCCGCACACGUUCAGUCAGGUCCCUCGGCACAGUGGAACUUAUUCGUGCUCAGAAGUUAAUUUAUUUUGAAAGCAAUAAUGAUGCAGAGGAGGAGUCGGAUGAAGAUGAGGACUAUGUUCCAUCAGAAGACUGGAAAAAGGAAAUUAUGGUGGGUUCUAUGUACCAGGCAGAAACCCCCGUUGGCCUGUGUAAAUAUAAAGAAAACGAAAAAGUUUAUGAAAAUGAUGACCAGUUAUUGUGGAACCCCGAGAGUCUACCUGAAGGCAAAGUAGUGGAGUUUUUGACGGAGGCGUCAAGGCGAACGGGAGAUGAGAAGGGAGUGGAUGCUAUUCCAGAGGGAUCUCAUAUCAAAGACAACGAACAAGCACUAUAUGAACUAGUGAAAUGUGACUUUGACACAGAGGAAGCUUUAAGAAGACUUAGAUUUAAUGUGAAAGCAGCCAGAGAGGAGCUGUCUGUCUGGACUGAGGAGGAAUGUAGAAACUUUGAACAAGGACUAAAAGCAUAUGGGAAAGAUUUCCAUUUAAUACAGGCCAAUAAGGUGAGAACUAGGUCUGUAGGAGAAUGUGUGGCCUUUUAUUACAUGUGGAAGAAGUCUGAGCGUUAUGAUUUCUUUGCACAGCAAACCAGACUUGGGAAAAGGAAAUACAACCUUCACCCUGGUGUCACAGACUACAUGGACAGAUUACUGGAUGAGACGGAGAGCGCAACAUCCAGCAGAGCGGCGUCGCCUCCUCCCACUACGUCCAGCAGCAGCGCCAGUCACUCUGAGAGGGAGGACAGCAGCAGUCAGAAUGGUAUUGCAGGCCAUAAUUCAAGCAACCCAGUGGAUGGCCCUCAGUUCCCCCCGGCAAAUCAAGUCAAAGUUGAGCCAGCUCUGUCCAACGGUCCCUCUGUCCCUGUGGUAGAACCUCCUCCAGUUCCAGACAACAACUCCAACGGCUGCAGCCAGCCCACAGCACCGAGCCAUGACAGAAACGGUUCUCUGGAGCCUCCGCUUGACCACAGAGACACGGCGGCGGUGACACACAGUGACAGGCCGGCCAAGGUGUGCAGGACGGAGGCAGAGCCUUUGGGCCAAAGUGAGGUGGAACCAUCUAGAACCUCAGAGAACUGAAGGAGCCAGAGCCUGAUGGUGUUCACUAAUACAUGCUUAUAUAGGGUGGACAAAAAUGUCCCUAUGUCAGGCUGAAGAGCCCCUUUGGCCUGCGAGCACAGCGUCUCCUGAGAGCUAAGACUCUCUCUAAUAAGGUCAAAGGUUUGAAGAACGCAGUCUACCGAUCUGCAGCCGGUCGUCCAGAAGGGACAGUGUCUGUCCCUGUCCCCCGAACCCAUCCGUACACUGACUGUCUGCAAAGCUCAUCCCAAAGUUCCACAGCUCAAUAUCUCGUCUCAUAGUUCACAAUCUUUAUUCCCUUUUCUGGAGACUUUCUGCCAAGAAUUUCCUUUUUUUCUAUUUGUUCUGAAAGAAAAAUAUGUCACCGGUGAUAUUUUUUUACACAAAGAAAUAUUUAUAUUUUUUAAACAAAGAAAAACUAUAAUGGGUAAUUACUGUUCAAGCCAUUUGAGCAUUUGAUGAAUCCGAGGACUUUUUUUUUUUAAAGAAAAACCAAUAAUGCGCUCAAGCUGUUGUCUUAAAGAGGCAAAAUAGGACAGAUGGGCUGGUGCUGUCGCUGGCUCACUUUAGUUGCACUUUGUACGUGUCUCAUGGUUGGUCGAUCAGGAGUGGUGACAAAAACCCAGCAGACUAAACAUUUUCACUCCUUCAUUUGUAACCCGGCUCUGGCCCUGUAUCAUGGCUGUUAGUCUAUGAUGAAUAAACCCGUGGGUUUGUCUCCCUCAGCAGGUUUGUUUGUGUAAAGGAGCUGACAUCAGUGAUGUCCUGUACUAUAUAAGUCAUGUAGAAGAUUGCUGUAUUUUUGGAUUUUCAUAGUCAGUGCUUUGCUCAACGCUUUGUUUCUACUAGACAGAAUGUUCAUGGUUUUUAAUGUAAAGUUUGUAUAGAUUUCUUACCUUGAGCAGUUGGUAAAUUUUUUAAUGUAACUGUAUGUUUAUCUCUGUAUUUUCUGGUCUUCCGUGUUGGCUUUGCUUAUUUGUCGAGAAAGUCUUUUUGCCUGAGAUGGAUGUAAUAAAGUAGCCAUUCCUCUUUCCCUCUCUGUUUGGCAGCACUUCUCAUUCCUGUGUCACCCUGCUUCUUCUGUGCAUUAAAGGAAAAAGAACA